CCGACUCCUCAGAUAGUCAUUAGCCUCAAUGGAGGAAGUUUAUGCGAAUGCUGAAUAUGAGGAAUGUGUUGAAUUCAAAGGAACCCCCAAAAAACAGACAGGCUCCGAGGUUUCAAAGAGAUUUCCUGGAGCUGUUGUCCUGUUUCUGGGGCUGCUCAGUGUUCUCCUGCUGGCUGGACUCAUCGGCGUCUGUGUCCACUGCCAUGUCUCAGCAUGUGGAUCAGCUCCAGAUCUCUCCAUGAUCAAAGUCAACCUGACUGAGAGUCUCAACGCCAGAAUCACUGAAAUGAUUGAAGAGUUGAAGAAGUCUGUCCCAAAAGAGAAAACGUGUCCUGCAGGAUGGAGGAUGUUCAGUUGCGCCUGUUAUAUCCUCUCUUCUGGGAGGGGUACCUGGGAUGAAGCCAGAAAGGACUGCAGAGGCAGAGGAGCAGAUCUGGUGGUGAUAGACAGCCCUGCAGAGCAGACGUUUCUCAUUAAGUUCAUCGAGACAUUGACUUGGAUCGGUUUGACUGACGGAGAUGAAGAAGGAACCUGGAAAUGGAUAGAUGGAACUCCACUGACUCUGAGCAACUGGGGAAACAACCAGCCUGAUAAUGAUAGUGGAGAUCCACGGUGGAGGGAAGAGGACUGUGCCCAUAUCAGACUUAACGGCGAGUGGAAUGACCGGUCAUGUAAAACCUUACUGCCGUGGAUCUGUGAGAAAACGGCUCAACAUUGCUGAACGUUUUGAGAUCAUCAAUUUGAUAAUGCUUUGGCUUUGGCAAUAAUGCUCUGUCAUGAAGAGAUGAUUCACCGCCAUUCCAGCCAGUGUGUGUAUGUGUGUGUAUCAUGUGAUGCAAUUGAAAGCCCCAUAGAGUAGUGCAGAGAUGACGGCCUUUUGUAGACCAACACAGAAGUUAACAUUGCCCUGGUUCCCUCAACAAAAGCCUGUGGGAUUUUUCAAUAAGAUUUUGGAUAAUUGCAGAAAAUAACUCCACUCACCAUAAGGAAAAAGCUAACGUUGGGCUAUAAACAAACAACACUAUGGUCGUGUGACUUCAAUGUCCUCACCAUAACGAGGCUGUAAAGGUGAGUUUGGCAUGAUGAUGCUCUGUGGUCUUAUUUAGCCACUUGUUAGCUCGUCUUUUUUAAGAUGCAUAAAGGCUUCAAAAUUUACAAUUUGUGUAUUGACUGACAUAUUUUUUGCGUAGAACAAAACCUCAAAGUCUCUGAAGCUUGUGUUAAACAGACCUUAUUUCAGGCAUCUAACCAAAAACCCACUGACUUCAAGAUGAGGGAACCAGGAGUGCUAAAAUGCUCACUCAUUUCCCAGUUUUAGGACUCUACACACAAUACACUUUAUUUUCAGGUACAGUGAAUUUCCAACACAAUGCUUUUAUUUUGAAG